UAAUUAGAUAGGAAAAGGACAUGACACCUACCUUCCAACCAAGGACAACCCUACACUCUGUUACUGUCUUAUUUAGCAGAGCGACUUAAAUCAGAUCUCAUCAUAUCACUUAACCUUUUCAAGAACCAAUCCAGUUUGUUCUAACCAAUUCCUAUCCUUUGCCUUUCUUCUUCAGAUCAUGGCUGAGUUAGUUGGUGGUGCGUUUCUCUCUGCUUUCCUCAAUGUUGUGCUCGACAAGCUUGCUACCGAUGAGGUUGUUGACUUCAUCCGUGGAAAGAAGGUUGACCUCAAUUUGCUUGAGAACUUGAAGAGCACUCUGAGAGUGGUUGGAGCUGUUCUUGAUGAUGCUGAGAAGAAACAAACCAAACUCUCCAGUGUCAACCAGUGGCUCAUUGAGCUCAAGGAUGUUCUUUAUGAUGCCGAUGACAUGCUGGAUGAAAUUUCGACCAAAGCUGCAACUCAAAAGAAGGUAAGUAAAGUGUUUUCUCGCUUUAUUGAUUGGAAAAUGGCCAGUAAGUUGGGAAAAGUAGUUGGCAAAUUAGAUAAAGUUCUAGAAGGCAUGAAGGGUCUUCCUUUGCAAGUGAUGGCAGGGGAGAGCAACGAUCCAUGGAAAGCUCUGCCAACAACAUCUCUGGAAGAUGGAUAUGGUAUGUAUGGUAGGGAUACAGACAAGGAGGCCAUAAUGGAGUUGGUAAAGGAUAGCAGUGAUGGUGUACCAGUGUCUGUUAUUGCUAUUGUAGGCAUGGGUGGGGUUGGAAAAACCACUCUGGCCCGAUCUGUGUUCAACGAUGGCAAUUUGAAGGAAAUGUUGUUUGAUUUAAAUGCAUGGGUUUGUGUUUCUGAUCAAUUUGAUAUUGUGAAGGUCACAAAAACUAUGAUAGAGCAAAUUACGCAAGAGUCAUGUAAAUUGAAUGAUCUAAACAUGCUUCAACUUGAAUUGAUGGACAAGCUGAAAGAUAAAAAAUUCUUAAUUGUCUUGGAUGAUGUAUGGAUCGAGGAUGAUGAUAAUUGGAGUAAUCUUACAAAACCAUUGUUGCGUGGAACAAGGGGAAGUAAAAUUCUCUUUACAACCCGCAAUGAAAAUGUAGUGAAUGUAGUCCCUUACCGUAUUGUUCAAGUUUAUCCUCUAAGUAAAUUGUCAAAUGAAGAUUGUUGGCUAGUGUUAGCAAACCACGCAUUUCCUCUCUCAGAAUCAAGUGGGGAGAAUAGAAGAGCUUUAGAAGAAAUUGGAAGGGAGAUUGUUAAAAAGUGUAAUGGAUUGCCUUUAGCAGCACGGUCACUCGGAGGUAUGUUGAGGAGAGAGCAUGCUAUUAGGGUUUGGAAUAAUACACUUGAAAGUGACAUUUGGAAACUGUCUGAAAGUCAGUGUAAAGUUAUUCCAGCCUUGAGAAUUAGUUAUCAAUAUCUCCCUCCACAUCUGAAACGGUGCUUUGUUUAUUGUUCGUUAUACCCCAAAGAUUAUGAAUUUCAAAAGAAUGACUUGAUCUUGUUGUGGAUGGCGGAAGAUCUUUUGAAGCUUCCAAACAAAGGAAAGGCAUUAGAAAUUGGUUAUGAGUAUUUUGAUGAUUUAGUUUCUAGAUCAUUUUUUCAACGUUCAAGUAAUCGAACUCGGGGCAAUUAUUUUGUAAUGCAUGACCUCGUGCAUGAUCUAGCAUUAUACCUUGGUGGAGAAUUCUAUUUCAGAUCGGAAGAACUUGGAAAAGAAACCAAGAUUGGUAUGAAGACUCGUCAUUUGUCAGUUACAAAGUUCAGUGAUCCAAUCUCAGAUAUUGAAGUUUUUAACAAACUACAAUCUUUGAGAACUUUCUUGGCAAUUGAUUUUAAAGAUUCCCCGUUCAGCAAUGAAAAUGCACCAUGUAUUGUAGUGUCGAAGCUUAAGUGUUUGAGAGUUUUAUCAUUUUGUCGCUUUACAAAGCUGGAUGUUUUGCCUGAUUCAAUAGGUAUAUUGAUCCACUUGCGUUAUUUAAAUCUCUCUCGUACAAGUAUAAAAACACUGCCGGAGUCAUUGUGUAAUUUGUAUAAUCUACAAACUCUGGUGUUGUCUGAGUGCCACAAUUUGACCAGGUUGCUUACUGACAUGCAAAAUCUUGUAAACUUGUGUCAUCUUCAUAUUGAUGAUACUCGUAUAAGAGAGAUGCCUAGAGGAAUGGGAAUGUUAAGUCAUUUGCAGCAUUUGGAUUUCUUUAUUGUGGGCAAGGAUAAAGAGAACGGAAUCAAAGAACUGGGGACACUUUCAAAUCUUCAUGGUUCGCUUUCUAUUAAGAAUUUGGAGAAUGUAACCAGAAGCAAUGAAGCAUUGAAGGCUAGGAUGAUGGAUAAGAAGCACAUUAAUCAUUUAUCCUUGGGAUGGUCUAAUGGCACCGACUUCCAAACUGAAUUAGAUGUACUGUGCAAAUUAAAACCUCACCCAGGCCUGGAAUCUCUAACAAUACGGCGCUAUCAUGGAACCAUAUUUCCAGAUUGGGUGGGAAAUUUUUCCUACCACAACAUGACAUGUCUACGUUUAUUUGACUGUAAUAACUGUUGUGUGCUUCCUUCGCUUGGGCAACUACCGUCUCUUAAGGAGCUCUAUAUUUCAUACUUGAAUUCAGUGAAGACUGUUGAUGCAGGGUUUUACAACAAUGAAGAUUGUCCUUCUGUGACUCCCUUUUCUUCCCUUGAAACUCUAGAAAUUAAACGCAUGUGUUGCUGGGAGUUGUGGAGUAUCCCUGAGUCAGACGCCUUUCCUCUACUCAAGUCUCUUACAAUAGAGGAUUGCCCCAAACUAAGGGGAGAUUUGCCAAAUCACCUUCCUGCUCUGGAAACACUUACAAUUACAUAUUGCGAGCUUCUUGUCUCUUCUCUCCCUAGGGCUCCCACCCUUAAGAGAUUAGAAGUAGAAGGAAGCCAAGUGGUGGAGUCCAUGAUUAAGGCCAUCACCAGCAUUGAGCCAACUUGCCUCCAACAUUUAAAAUUGAGUCAUUGUUCGUCAGCCAUAUCAUUUCCAGGUGGUCGUCUGCCUGCAUCUCUGAAGGCUCUGGAUAUCAGCAAUCUUAAAAAUCUGGAAUUGCCGACCCAACACAAGCACGAGUUACUGGAAUCACUGGUCCUAGAUAAUAGUUGUUAUUUUCUCAGGUCUCUUCCAUUGGUUACUUUUCCAAAUCUCAAACGUCUCGAAAUCAGAUACUGUAAACAUCUGAAAUCUCUUUUGGUUUCAGGGGCAGAGUCAUUUAAGAGUCUGUGUUCUUUGAGCAUUUACGAAUGCCCCAACUUUGUAUCAUUCUGUAAAAAAGGAUUGCCUGCGCCCAAUUUGACUCGAAUUGAAGUUGGGCAUUGCGACAAGUUGAAGUCAUUACCUGACAAAAUAAGUAGUCUUCUCCCAAAGUUAGAAUAUCUCCAAAUAUCCAACUGCCCAGAAAUUGAGUCGUUUCCAGAAGGGGGUAUGCCACCUAACCUGAGAACAGUUUGGAUUGGGUAUUGUGAGAAACUACUGAGCGGCCUAGCAUGGCCAUCCAUGGGCAUGCUUACUGAUCUCACUGUUUUGGGUCCAUGUGGCGGCAUCAAGUCCUUCCCUAAGGAGGGUUUGCUGCCUCCCUCCCUUACGUCUUUGAAGCUAUAUUACUUGUCAAAUCUGGAGAUGUUGGACUGCACGGGGCUUCUCCAUCUCACAUCCCUGCAAGAAUUAACCAUAAAGGGAUGUCCUUUGCUGGAGAAUAUGGUGGGAGAAAUGCUUCCUGUCUCUCUAAUAAAAUUAACCAUAGAGAGAUGUCCUUUGCUGGAAAAACAAUGCCGCAGGAAGCACCCUCAAAUUUGGCCUAAAAUAUCCCACAUCCAUCACAUUAAAGUUGACAAUAGAUGGAUUUAGUGACCAAGGAUGAGCACCGGAGAUGAUAGAUUGUCCUGUAGAAACUGCACCUGUCAAUGGAUAUGAAUUCAACUUUGAACAAGAUCUAAAUGGAACUUCUGAUUUAAUUGACGUGACACUGAUGCUUUCUAAACACACGAAUUAGAAACUGAAAAGCUUUUCAUUGCAUACAAUAGAGAGGAUGAAAAGCUAUAUCAGGACAACUACAUGGGAAGAUCUCAGAUCUUUCGACAAGCCAUGCAGUCUUCCUAGGAAAUUGUCAUAUACUGCUCCCUAGGCAGGUCAUCACUUUUGUGUUUGAUGCAAAGAUGGAUAUAUAUAGGUGGAACACUUCUGAAAGGUUUAUCCCAAUAUGUACAGUGCACUGAAUGGGAAAGAACUGGAAGAAAGGAAAUCUUACAUUCAAAGCUUUUGAUGCAAAAACGUAAGAGGGAAGGUGGUGGUUUCAUCUGUGUGGAAGGUUUCCUUGAUGUUCUCAGAGAUCAAACUUUCAAACUUGUAUAACCAAAGUUUGAGCACCUUAACGGUACAGGCUUCAUUGUAUGGAAUGAGUUCUGGCAAGUGAUUUUCAAAUAAAAACAACUUGGGAAGUUUGAAGGAAGAAUGAUAUCUGAUGGGGCAAAAGGAGGAGGAAGCGAGGGCGCAGUCGGCUGAUGGCAGAGUGUUUAAGAUUGUUCCAUGGCACCAUCUGGAGCAUAGCACCAGCAACUCCCUGAGCAUACAGGCCUUAAGCCAUGACUUGACUGGUUCAGAUAGAACUUAGAGAAAGGUUUGCUAGAGCUCUCAACAAGAUAGGCCUUAGAGUGAGAAUCAGAUUUUUGCAAGUGUUUUUGAGAUGAACGAUGUUUAUCCUCAAUGCGGAGACAGACAAGCAAAUCAUCAAAGGGCCAGGGUCAUGUUAAAAGGGUCCUCUACAUUUGUGUCAAUGUACAGCCAAAAAGGUUCAAAAGGAGUUAAUCAAGAUGCAUUGACGGUUUGGCCGGACUUCACUGGAAAGAAAGACAUGAUCUUUUGUGGCGUGUUUGAUGGUCAUGAUCCUCUAGGACACAGGUUAUCACAGUGCAUACGUGACAAUCUACCCUCAAAACUCUCAGCACCAAUCAAACUGUCUCAAGAAAAGGCCAUGAAACACUGUCAUGCUAAUGCUACAAAUGGUGGCAGUCAUAGUGAUGUCCAUGUUGAGGAUAACCAAAACAUGUCCUUUCCUUCAUGGGAGGGAACCUUUAUGAGGUGCUUCAGUGAAUAGAUGAAAAGCUUGCUAAGAACAUUGACACUGAUGAAUUUUGUGGCGGUAGCACUGCUGUAUCUGUAAUCAAACACAGAAACUGCACCUGUCAAUGGAUAUGAAUUCAACUUUGAACAAGAUCUAAAUGGAACUUCUGAUUUAAUGGACGUGAUACUGAUGCUUUCUAAACACCUGAAUUAUUAACUGAAAAACUUUUCAUUGCAUACAAUGGAGAGGAUGAAAAGCCAUGCAUAUCAGGACAACUACAUAGGACGAUCUCAGAUCUUUCCAUAAGGCAUGCAGUCUUCCUAGGUAUACUGGCGGAUUAUUGAAAAUGUUGCAUAUCCUUUAACUGCUAGCCAUUUCAAAUUCUCUGCUAGAACGUAUCUGAGGUUUUGCUUUUUCCAUUAUUAUUCUGUUGUAGGAAAUUGUAAUAUACUGCUCCCUAGGCAGGUCAUCACUUUUUUUUGUUUGCUUUUUUGUUUGUUUGAUGCAAAACAUAAGAGGGGAGGUGGUGGUUUCAUCUGUGUGGAAGGUUACCAUGAUGUUCUCAGAGAUCAAACAUUCAAACUUGCAUAACAGAAGUUCGAGCACCUUAGCGGUACAUGCUUCAUUGUAUGGAAUGAGUUCUGGCAAGAGAUUUUGAAAUCAAAAGAACAUGAAAAGUUUGAAGGAAGAAUGACGUCUGAUGGGUAAGGAUGCAAAACUUCUAACCAGCUGAACAUUUCAACAUUGUACAUUUUUAUGGUAGCAAAAUAGUAAGCAUCAAGCAAUGUUUUGAUUUAUGAUCUGGCAAACAUCCAUAUUUACCACUUUUCUUAAAACAGUUAAAACAAUUACUAUAUAUUUUGUUUGUAUUUGAGGGAUGGAGACUGAAUCUCAUAUAUAUGGAAUGUGUCCAUCCUACUUCAAUUGAGAAAUACAUUAAUGUACUGGUGCUUUAACACAUUCUCUUCAUAGUUGAAUGCAAUAAAAUAAAAGACAUCUCUGCA